CCUUCCUCCUCCUUCACUUUUUGGAAAGGGCUGCCCAACUCCGCCGCCGAAGGCAAGGCUGGCCGAGGGAGGCGAGGGCACCGGAGGAACUCCGCAGGGGAGCCAAAAGAAGGGCUGCCCAAGUCCAAGUUGGGGGCCCUUGGGGGCGAAAGCGGCUCCGCAGAGGAAGACACCAUAAGUCCCUAUAUCGGGAGAAAGGUGGGAUAUCAUCGUCGUCAUCAUCAUACUCAGCACUCCAUGUUAUAUCAGAACCUGGCCUUGCUUACUUGAAAACUGUGUCCCAUAUUACUUCAUCUGUUUCUGAAGAUGCUCAUCUCCUUGUUCCUCUUUAUCACAGGAUUGUUAAGAAUCAGCUCUUUGGAGAUCUCUCCUAAGGACCAUGAAGUCAUCCUUAGUCUCUACAGUGAUUUUACUCUGACGUGUUCUGGGCAGAAUGAGGUUUUCUGGAGAAAGGAUGGCAAACAUGACAUAGUAGACGCUAUCCUAGAGGAAAAGGGUGGCACUUUUUUUAGCACGCUAACACUAAGGAACGUGACUGGAUUCUACACGGGCGAGUAUUCCUGUAAUUAUGCUCAGUCUUCAGAGGGAAAAGCCAUCUACAUUUUUGUACCAGACCCCUCAUUGCCAUUCCUGCCAAGCACACAGGAAGAUGUAUUUGUUUUUAGCACUGGCCAUGGGGAGGACAUUAUUCCAUGUCGUGUGACAGACCCCAACACUACAGUGAAUCUAUAUGAAAAGAAGGUUAAUGACCCACUCCUUGGCACUUAUUACCCACAACAGGGCUUUAAGGGAUACUUUGAAGACACAACCUACACCUGCAGGGCAACCAUAGAUGAGCAGGAGUUUGAUUCUGAAUCAUACUAUGUCUAUAGUAUCCAAGUUUCUUCUUCACCUACCUCCACUAUCAACAUUUCUAUCAGUGCAUUGCAAACUGUUGUGAAGCACGGUGAAAAUAUAUCUGUCACAUGUGCAGUGAGAGGUAUCGAACUGAUAAAUUACACCUGGAGCUACCCAGGCCAAAAAGUAGGCAAGAUGGUUGAACCAGUGACAGAUUUUGUAGCAGGGAUCCGCCACUAUUCUAAUUCCACGCUAACCAUCCACAAUGCUGAGCUGGGAGAUGAAGGGCUGUAUGUUUGUGAGGCCACUGAUACCUAUCAUGGGCAAAAAGAAACACAAGACAUCUAUAUCAGAGUGAUUGAUCAUGGAUUUGUGACUUUCCACACUGUUAUGAAUGACACUGUGUUUGCUGAACUGCACAAGAGCCACAUUUUCCAUGUGCAGAUUGAGGCCUAUCCAAGCCCAACAAUCACCUGGUUUCAGAAUAAUCAACCUCUGAACUCAGGGAGCAACAGUGAGUUUGCCAUCACCAGCAAGAAUUUGUCGGAAACCAGGUAUCAAACCAUUCUAACCCUCGUAAGAGUGAAACAGAGUGAAGGAGGCUUAUACACUGUCCGAGCUUUCCAUAAUGAUGACUCGAAGGACCUGUCCUUUUACUUGCAGAUUAAUGUCCCAGCUAAAGUGACAGACCUGAGAGAAAACAGCAACACCACCAGUGGGGAGCAAACAGUGACCUGUAUUACAGAAGGAAUGCCCCAGCCAGAGAUUACGUGGUAUACCUGUAACGAUAUAAAACGGUGUGAUGGGGGAGCCACCAAAAUCCUGGGGAAUACCUCUGAAGAUAUGAAUCUACAAACAAACUCCACCUACCGAGAUGACCUGAAGAUUUACAUUGUGACAAGCAAGCUACACCUCCACCGAGUAGAUGAGCCAGUCUUCAUCAGCUGUGACUCUAAAAAUCUCUUAGGGACAGAUUCGCAGAACAUCACUCUGGUCCCACACAAUUUGUCCUUUAAAGUGAUCAUCAUCUCAGUUAUCUUGGCCUUGCUGGUCCUCAUGGUUCUUUUCCUGGUGAUCCUCAUCAUCUUGUGGCGAAAGAAACCUCGCUAUGAAAUCCGCUGGAAGGUGAUUGAGUCAGUCAGCUCUGAUGGACAUGAAUAUAUCUAUGUGGAUCCCAUGCAGCUUCCUUAUGACUCUAGUUGGGAAGUUCCUAGAGAUAAGCUUGUACUAGGGCGCACUCUGGGCUCUGGGGCCUUUGGACGUGUGGUGGAAGCAAUAGCUCACAGCCUCAGCCAUUCUCAAUCCACCAUGAGGGUUGCUGUGAAAAUGCUGAAGUCUACUGCACGAACCAGUGAAAAACAAGCACUUAUGUCGGAACUGAAGAUCAUGAGUCACCUUGGGCCUCAUCUGAACAUUGUCAACCUGCUUGGUGCCUGCACUAAAGGAGGUCCUGUCUACAUCAUAACAGAAUACUGCCGCUAUGGAGACUUGGUGGACUAUUUGCACAGGAACAAGCACACGUUUCUACAGUGCUGCACCGAGAAAGCGAAACAGGAGACAGAGGUGUAUGGGAAUGCCCCCAAUGAGACCAGAGUGCAGAGCCAUACAUCCUUAUCCGUGGAAAGUGACGGGGGCUACAUGGAUAUGAGUAAGGAUGAGUCCUUGGAUUAUGUGCCCAUGUCAGACAUGAAAGGUGAAAUAAAGUAUGUGGACAUUGAUUCCUCCAAUUAUGGUGCCACAUAUGAGCUGGGCACCUAUUCACCAGCAGUUUCUGAAAAGGUGACAUUGAUAAAUGAGUCUCCUAUCCUCAGCUACACAGAUCUUGUUGGAGUUAGCUUCCAAGUGGCCAAUGGGAUGGAAUUCCUAGCUUCAAAAAAUUGUGUGCACCGAGACCUGGCUGCAAGAAAUGUUUUGAUCUGUGAGGGAAAGCUGGUGAAGAUCUGUGACUUUGGUCUAGCAAGAGAUAUCAUGCGGGAUUCAAAUUACAUCUCCAAAGGCAAUACCUUCUUACCCUUGAAAUGGAUGGCACCUGAGAGCAUCUUCAAUAACCUGUACACUACCUUGAGUGAUGUGUGGUCCUUUGGGAUCCUUCUAUGGGAAAUAUUCACUCUGGGCGGGACUCCAUAUCCUGAACUGCCCAUGAAUGAACAAUUCUACAAUGCCAUUAAACGUGGUUACCGGAUGUCCAAGCCAACUCACGCUUCUAAUGAAAUCUAUGAAAUCAUGCAGAAAUGCUGGGAGGAAAAAUUUGAGAUCAGACCGUCUUUCUCUCAGCUGGUGGUACUCUUAGGGAAUCUGCUGACAGACACCUAUAAGAAGAGGUAUCAACAGGUUAGUGAAGAAUUCUUGAAGAGUGACCACCCUGCUGUUCUGAGGACAAGGCCCAGGAAUAUGGGACUCAACAAUUCCAGCUCCACUGCCAACUCUAAUGCCAGUUCAAGCUAUGUUCUCUAUACUGCUGUAGAGCAGAAUGAACUAGAUAAUGAUUACAUCAUUCCUUUGCCUGAUCCUAAACCAGAGGGAGCCAGCGACAACCCUCAGGAGGCCUCCAGCAGUCGGGCAAGUUCUACACUGAAUGAAGCAAAUACAUCAUCUACUCUAUCCUGCGACAGCCCUCUAUCCCAGCAGCAAGAUCAAGAAGAACAAGAAGAACAAGAACUAAAGCCUGAGUGCUAGGCUCACUAGACUGUGUGUGUGUGUCCGUGUGUUUGUGUGUGUUCAUGUGUUUGUGUGUGUCCAUGUGGUGGUUGUACUUGGGAGUUCUAAUGAAAAACUGACAUAUUCUUUUUCAACUCUUCCAUACGGCAGUUGCAGCCUUCCUUCCUCCUUUGCUCUUCAGCCCAAGGCAUAACCCAGACAUUGUACAUGGAACAGAUGGAAAGCUAACAGUACAGCCCUAACUACCAGUAAGUUUGCAUAGCUAAGGUCUAUGUCAUGUCCUAGCUUUUGUGGCUCUCCAUGCUUCUUAAAGGGACAGUUUUCAUUCCAUUAUCUAAACUAGGAGUGAGCCCAGUAUAUUGUUAAGACUCUGUUUGAAAGCUCCCACUUCCCUUAAUACCCCCCUGACCUUAUUGCAAGAGAGGAACAGAUUUAUGGAUAAAUGGAGUCUCCACUCCCCUUAAUAAAACUGUCCCUAUUGUAUGAACUGAAAGAGAAGGCAUCCAGGACCUCUGCUACAAAUACCUUUCCUCUUGUUUCAUUUUCUGUUUCUUGCAAGCUUAUUUUUUAUGCUGUAGUUGUUCACUUACUGGAGGAUCAAAUCUCACUUUAAAAAACCUGUCCUGAAAGUGUUGACUCUGUGUGUGUGUGUGUGUGUGUGUGUGUGUGUGUUUAAAGAUCAGUAAUGAGACACAGAGAAAUGACUUAAGUUUUGGUCACUUUGCAAGGACUGCCCAUUCAGGAUAGUAUUGAAAUGAUGACGAACAAAUGAGAAAUGAUGACGAACAAAUGAGCAAGCUCAGACAUUGAACUUGGGUUCUCUUCUUUCUUUCCUGGGCUCUGCGGUGCUCGUGCACUAAGCCAGGUACCUCGAGAAUAAGGGUACAAUAUUGCAGGUACAGUGAAUUACAGGUACUCAAGGAUAUCAAGGCUUGGCAGUUGUCUAAAUUAAACAUAAAUAAUCAUUUCACUUGCUCAAAGGCAUACAGAACAAAUGGAGACUGACAGCUAAUGAUUCAACUGUGGCAACAGCAGGAUAUCCCAUCGCCAAGUUAUUCUGUGCAUGAUAACUUUUCAACAUUUCACUCAUUUUACCGGAAUCAGUGGAACCAUCUGAGGCCAGUAUGGGAAUGAAAAAUGGCUAGUAAGUUAUCUCCUUCUCCCAGAGCACCUUGUGAAGAAAGACUUGCAGCUUGAAUGGUAGAAAACUUUUCACCUUGGGUGGACAUCACUAAAUCUGCUGUCACUGGGUGGUGAGUCCUGUUCUGCUUCUAGUGGUGUGAAGGGGACAGUUGUCUGACCCUUUCUGUGAAGAUCCAAACCAAGGCAUAAAUAUUGUAGAAAAAACCUUUUGAGAAAUAAAUAUUUGGAUAUGAUGUAAAUGGUGAGAAGACAGCAUAUCCCAAGGGCACCCUCACAGUCCUCUUUUUUAAAACAAGAUAAUAUUUUUAAAUUAUAAAGUGAGAGAUUUUCUCUUGCUUUGGUCUCUUCUAUCUUUGCCAAUGUUUUUGGGACUAUCAGGCUUUGUGGUUAAAUGCCAUUUGGCCAAACAAGUGGCUAAACUAUAUUCCAAGUGUGGUUUCCAAUAUAUGUUAUAUAAAUGGAUCGUGAACAUUUCUGCCGAUGUGCCUGAGAGCUAAUCUGUGUGUGAAGCAAAAUGAGCUAGCAUCCAGCAGAUUUCUGUUUAACCACGAUUCCAAGCUGCUGUUCACUCAAAGGUGGAAACAGCUAGUUGGUAGGUUUCUUCUCAAGACAAAUAGAGGGUGGGAUUUUUGUGACGUUGGUGAAAAGGUUAACCUGCUCCUUUCCCCUGCAUCAUGGUUCUAGUCCUAAUGGCUCUCCCCACUGGCUAAUACAGGAGCUUAAAAACAAAAGAGGAAAUAGAGUCACACAUUUCAUGUAUUGCCUCUGUUGGCCCUCAUUUUAUCUGAGAUGUAGAUCAUCUCCAGUCUUGCCUUAUCCUGAAAGCCAGCAGUUAGAAAAUUGCUUAAUCCUAAAGCCUAUCCUAGUUCUUUUCUGGCAUCGGUAGUUCUUGUGUCUCUCCCACUCUACUAGAAUGGCAUGCUGGCUGUUUUCCUCAGUAGUUUGUUGUUAGCAAUACUUUUAUUUAAUUUUGGACCAUCUUUUCAACUGUCUUCCAUACAUAAAUAUGGGAAGGGGAAAGAUUUUACACAAAGUUUCUUUUUUCCGCCAGGGCAAUCUAUUUACUGCUCAUAACAUUUUUGAAAAAUGUUGGCCUCUGCAGCUACUGCUAUCCCACUCCCAACUUUGUAUUAGCUCUUUUUUCUAGGUAUUAUCAGUAUUUGUUUAUACAGUUAGAUUAAGCAAUAGCAACAGAACCAUGGAAUAUUUUCAAAAGAAGCUGCCACAUAAAAGGAACAAUAGACAUAAGAGACAUUCUAUAAAUCAUGGCCAGAAUGUGACACGAUUUUGGUGUAGCCUGAAAUCCAAACUUGGUAUAUUGGACUAUAACAACCAGAAUGGCUAUGCUUGCUGAGGGAUUCUGGGAGUUGUAGUCUAAAAAAAGAUAAGUGUGGUUUGAUGUAAAGAAUCUUCUUAUGUUCCACCACAGGAUGUUAGUAUAACCUGAAAAAUAUUCCAGCAUUUUAAGAGCACAAUUGCUAUUGAAAGGGAUGUAGUGCCUUAGCUCUAGAGCUGCAUCUGGGCAGUUAUGCACUUCAACAGCUGUCCUUUUUGGAGGACUGAGAAACAACCUUUGUCUUUUGCUGCACUGAGCUACAUAAUCGUUUGGAUUCACAUCUUUGUGAGACAGUGCAGCUGAAGCAUUCCAGUGCUGAAAGGAAAGUUGAUUCAAGGGCCAGUAGAGCGACCAGGUGACGUUGCCAAGGUGGGGUCCACCACUCCUGGACUGAAGUAACAUCAGUGGCUCCUCCCAUAGCUAGUGCAACAUGGUCUAAAAUAUUUGAAGAGGUUCAAGGAUAAUGAUUCAGUUGUCCCACAUAUUGUACAGUCCAUUUUGAACUUUUUCUUAAAAGUUCUCCUCACUCAAAAGCUGAACAAUAUGAGAUUUGUCAUUGAGAGAACAGAUGGGAAAUCCAUUGGCAAAGGCAUUUCAUACAGAGGUAUUUCAAAUGCUGCUGUUCACUCUGAUUUGCUGGAGCCCAGUUGCCAGAUGAUACUGGGUUUAGUGGGUGCUAAAUCACAAAAAAAUCAGACUAGUGGAAAGGCCCUGAACCACACAGAUUGGAUUCUGCCAUUGGCAAGACUAAAGCACUGGGAAGCAGAAGACAGUUAAACCAAGGUCCCAUCUGUUCCUAUACAUUUUAUAGCCACAAUUUGGUCUCUGUUGUCCCCCCCCCCCAAAGUGAAUCACAUCCCCUUAGUCUUAUUUUAUUAUAUUGCUAUCAUUUGGCUUGCUUCGUGUUAUUUUAUUUUAAAAAAUAUCAUAUAGAAAUGAGUCAAAUCCAGAUCUUUACAUCCUGUCUGAAACAUGCUUAACUCUAGAAUAUUUAGUCUCAGGUUUAAGUUUAGUCUCAUCUCCUGGGGUUUUACACAUUUUCCUUUCUAUAACAUUUUAAUCUACAGCUGUUGCAACAUUACUAGCUCAGAUAUAUGCACCUUCCUUCAGCCAGUCACACUGCUAUGUAGCCAGAGUAUAUCAGAGAAAUAUUGUCACACUACAGUGUUAUGUUCUGAAAUGCUUAUAAGAUUGAUGUGUAUACAGUUUUACUCUUUAUUUGAUUGUUUUGUGUUAUUAAGUAAGGAUGGAAAAUAGUGCAGAUUUAUAUUUUUGUUGUUGCUGUGUAAUCCAGAGCACGUUGGGCCUUGCAAUACAUGAGUUGCCUUGUCCACUCUUUCAAGGGCCAACAGGUCCUUCAUAGAUGGAAGGACAAGAAACAGAAGUGCAAUUAAGCAACAAGGAGGAAGUAGGCCAGUACUGGAAUAAAAAAGCCCUCAACCACAUCCAACAUAGUUUCACCAGCUCCUUGAAGUUAACAGAUCAUUCAGUAACAGUAUGAUAAUUCAAAAUCCAGUGAGCAUUGGAGAAGCAAGCUGAUUCCCUUUCAUUUGCAAACUUCUAAAUAUAUCUAAAUUGAAGCCCCCAUGUUGUUGGGGUGGUUUUUUUUGUUUGUUUGUUUGUUUUCAUGGCCGACAUGUUUGUUGCAAUACAAAAUGAAUAUUCAGCAAAAUUAAGGAGAACUCUUCUAUUUUUGUUCAGGUAAUGAUUCUCUGAAAAUAGGUUAAAUAUAUUGACCAUGUAAGAGAGCCAGCAUGGUAUGACUUUGGACAUCAGGGUUCAAAUCCUAACUUGGCCGUGCAAACCCACUGGGUAACCUUGGGCAAGUCACACUCUCUCAGCCUUAGAGGAAGGCGAUGACAAUCUCCCUCUGAAGAAACUUUCCAAGAUAACCUCAUGAUAGAUUUGCCUUAGGAUUGCCAUAAAUUGGAAUUGAUUCGAAGGCACGCAACAACAGCAAGCAAACAUAAAGCACAGAGGGAAUUUGCGUUUGCCUUAUCCUGGCUCAAUUUCCAGGAAAUAUAAAUGGAUGCUUGAUUUACUGGUUGCUCUCAAAGAGCUGGUUAUCCUGAAGCAUUCCUGGGAAUCUUAACAGUUCUUAGGAUAUUGUUGGACCACAACACCCAGCAAUACUAGACAAGAGUCACUGGGAGUUACAAUUCAACAAUAUCUGGAGGGCCACAUGAUUCUCAUCCCUGUUGUAAAGAAGAGACAUGGUGGUUGUUAAAUUGCCAUUCAGAGAGCAAAGUUGGUUCCUGCAAAUAAUGCUCUAUGACAUUUGGGAAAGUUCCAAGGGCAUAACCAGGACAACAUUCUCCCCUCCCCCCCUCCCCAUACACACACAUACACAUACACACUAUUUGUUACUUGGUUUUGUUCAAGGAUUUACAGCUGUCUGCACUUUAAUCUUGUGAUUUGUCCUUGAUUGUUCACAUUUAUUUUGCUUCUUGCGAGUUUUGUUAAUUCCCCAUCCAAAAAAUUAAUAUCUCAUCCAAAAGGAGCAAUUAACCUGAAUUACUGUCACAUGCAAUUUCUCAUUCCAGUCAUUGUCCCUCCCUCCCUCCCUCCCUCCCUCCCUUGAUUUUGUAAGCUAAUUUUAUGCAAAGGCACCCCUGAACUAAUUCACCUUGUUCAUAUCUUCAUUUUCAUGUUGGAGGAAUCAGAGGAAACUUUUUCUAACUAUGUAACUCCAGCUUCAUAGAUCCUUCUCAAAAUUUGCACCAUCUCACAUGUUAGUGGAAGUUGAGGUAUGAAGAUGAAAACUUUCUACAGAAGGCAGCUAGGCUUACAUAUUUCAUGUAUUGCUACAAAAGGCACUGGAAUGGAGACCAUAUGGAUUUCAUUCUGCACAUUUGCCUUAGUGAACUCACAUUCUUUUGCAGAGAACCUAACCAAUGUGUUUGUAAAUUACUACAAAGAUAUGGGCAUUACUUCACACAAAGGCACUUUCAUGACUAAAGGAACAUAAUCAAGUAAGUCAUGGUAAUGGUACAGAAAGAGCAGCCUAAUGAAAUGCCACUGACUGCUGUUGGAGUUACUUUGGGCCUGAACAGAUAGGCCAAAAUAAAGCUGCUUCGGGUCACUUUGGAGAUAUGCUGUUUAAAUGCUGCAUACGUUCUAAGAGGCUG